AUGCCGCCAUCGAUACCUCCACAAACUAUCAAGCGAAUCAACCGCGAGCUCCUGACGAUCCAAAGCGAACUUCCCGAGGGCAUCCUCUCCAUCGGCCCCAAAUCAUCCGCGAACGUCUACGACUGGAAGGGCUCGAUUGCUGGCCCUUCAGGCUCAUGCUACGAGAAUGGGGUCUUUCACUUCAACAUCUUGCUUCCAUACGACUAUCCCUUCCAUCCACCUAGGGUAUCCUUCAUCACACGCAUUUUUCAUCCCAACAUAAACCCACAGGGUGCCAUCUGUCUGGAUAUCUUGACUCACAAAUGGUCACCUGCACUGAGUAUCCAAAAGGUUUUGUUAUCGAUCAUAUGCUUGCUCACCGAUCCAAAUCCACAAGAUCCACUGGUACGAGAGAUCGCACGAUUAUACGUGGAAAACCGAUCCAAGUUUGAAGCGACAGCACGCCAAUGGGUUGAUCUCUAUGCCCGACCGCCGGCGCCACCAAAAGCGGAGAAGCUGAAGAAAGAGGAGCCCAAGCCCCAUUCGAAGAGCAAACCUGCGGUGAUCAAUCUAGAGGAUGAUGACGACAUCGAGGUGGUCAAUUCUACCCAAAGCCAGUCUCUACAGACCGCCACCACCUCCCGCAACAAGCGGAGUGGAGAAUGCAAUAACAACACCCUUCAGACUGCAACCACCUCCAGGAAGCGAAGCGCUGACUACAGCGGCUCUCGAUCCUCCGCUUCCUCCGUUCCCUCUACUUCGCUCGCAUCCGACUCCGGUCCGCAAGCCAAGCGGUCCCGCAAACAAGUCAUAGAACUCGACUGA